UGUUUUGUAUAAAUACGAAACAUUUUUUGGGAAAAUUUUCCAAUUCGUCAUCCAACCAACUACAAACAAACUAUGUUAAAAAACUUAAAAACGAAAAUUGAAUUUACAUUAUGAAACUUGCAUUGAUUGGACAAUCGUUGUUUGCCAGUUCCUGUUAUCAAUUAAUCAAGGAAAAUGGCCAUACAAUUGUUGCUGUAUUCACAAUACCGGAUCAAAAUGGUCGUGAAGAUCCGGUAGCAAUAGCGGCUAAUGUUGAUAAUGUUCCUGUUUUUAAAUUUCCUCGUUGGCGUCUUAAAGGCAAAAUAUUACCAGAUGUAUUUGAACAAUAUAAAGCUGUUGGUGCUGAUCUUAAUGUUUUAGCUUAUUGUUCACAAUUUAUUCCAAUGGAAGUAAUUCUUUAUCCAAAACAUCAGUCAAUCUGUUAUCAUCCAUCAUUAUUACCUAAACAUCGUGGUGCAUCAUCCAUCAAUUGGACUCUGAUCAAUGGUGAUCAUAAAGGAGGUUUUUCCAUUUUCUGGUGUGAUGAUGGUCUUGAUACUGGACCAAUUUUAUUACAAAAAAGUGUUGAUAUUGAUCCAAAUGAAACUGUCGAUUCAUUGUAUUUGCGUUUCCUGUUUCCCGAAGGUGUUCGUAGUAUGCUCGAAGCUGUUGAUCUUAUUGAACAAGGACGUGCACCAUGUCUGAUUCAACCGGAAGAAGGAGCUAGCUAUGAUCCUAUGUUGAAUAAAAAAGAACUAUAUGAACUUAAGCUGGAUGAAUUGUCUGGACAACAAGUGCAUAAUUUUGUCCGUGGUUGUGAUACGGUUCCAGGUGCUUGGAUACGUAUUGAUGGACAGAUGAUUAAAUUAUAUGGUUCAAAACGAUGGCGUCGACCGAUACCGACCAAAGUUCAAGAAAUCACCAUUGAUAAUUGUCAAUCAAAAGCUUUACUUCAUAAAGAUGGAAUGAUUUUACAAGGAAAAGAUGGCCAAAUGAUAAUUGUAUCGAAACUGGGAUUGGAAAAUGGAAAAAUGAUACCGGCAGCUAAAUUUGGACAACAAGAUGAAUCAUCCAGUCUUGGUGAAUUGUCUGAAAUAGAAAAAGAAUUGGUCGAACAAAUUCGAACCAUUUGGAAAUCUAUAUUGAACACUGAUAUUGAUGAUUCAAGUAAUUUUUUCAAACUUGGUGCUGGAUCUAUGGAUGUAACACGUUUGGUUGAAUCCGUUAUUGAAUUGGAUCAAUGUGAGCAGCUAUCAUUAGCCAAUGAACAUGUUUAUAUGAAUUCCGGUUUUGAUGAAUUCUAUUCAAUGGUCAUUAUUAAAUUACGUCAUGGUGGCCAGGAUGAUGAUCGACCUAAAAUAGAAUAUAAGCCUAUUGAAAUGGUUGUCAAUAAACGAAAACUACGCUUUCCAAAUCAAUUAUUCAUUCAGAAUGAAUUUGUUGAUUCAUCAAACCCUGAAAAAACAUUUAAGACAAUAAAUCCAACUGAUGAAACAGUAAUCUGUCAAGUUCAAAAUUCUACACGCGAAGAUGUUGAUCGAGCAGUGAUGGCCGCUCAGGAAGCAUUCGAUUAUGGUGAAUGGUCACAGAUGAAUGCUCGUGAUCGUGGUAAAUUGCUAUAUCGAUUAGCCGAUCUAAUGGAACAACAUAAAGAAGAAUUAGCCACAUUAGAAUCAAUUGAUUCUGGCGCAGUGUAUACAUUGGCCAUUAAAACUCAUGUAGGCAUGUCUAUUGAUACAUUUCGUUAUUUUGCCGGUUGGUGUGAUAAAAUACAAGGCGAAACUAUUCCCAUCAAUAAUGCACGACCAAAUCGUAAUCUAACUUUCACACGAAAAGAACCGAUUGGUGUCUGUGGUAUAAUCACACCAUGGAAUUAUCCAUUGAUGAUGGUCUCAUGGAAAAUGGCCGCUUGUUUAGCUGCUGGUAAUACGGUUGUAUUGAAACCGGCCCAAGUGUCACCGUUGACUGCACUGAAAUUGGCCGAACUUUCCGUACAGGCUGGAUUUCCACCUGGUGUAAUCAACAUUCUACCUGGUUCAGGUUCUGUCACAGGCCAGGCUUUAAUCGAUCAUCCAUUGAUUAGAAAAUUGGGUUUUACCGGUUCCACACCUAUCGGUAAACUUAUCAUGAAAUCAUGUGCUGAAUCAAAUUUAAAAAAAUGUUCAUUGGAAUUGGGUGGUAAAUCUCCUUUAAUUAUAUUCCGUGAUUGUGAUAUGGAUCGCGCUGUCAGGCAUUCAAUGUCGGCUGUUUUUUUCAACAAAGGCGAAAAUUGCAUUGCUGCUGGACGAUUAUUCGUUGAACGGUCCAUUCAUGAUGUAUUUGUGCAAAGAGUAGUGGAAGAGGUUAAAAAGAUGAAAAUUGGAGAUCCAUUGGAUCGAUCGACUGAUCAUGGCCCACAAAAUCAUCGUGCUCAUCUGGAAAAAUUGAUCGAAUAUGCCGAAACCGGAGUGAAAGAAGGUGCCAAAUUGAUCUAUGGUGGCCGACAAGCACCAAGGCCUGGCCUAUUUUUUGAACCUACCAUAUUCACCAAUGUUCAGGAUGACAUGUACAUUGCUAAAGAGGAAUCAUUCGGUCCAAUCAUGAUCAUAUCGAUGUUUGAUGAUGUUCAAAAUCAAGAAGAUAUCGAAGAGGUUAUACAACGAGCUAAUAAUACCGAAUUCGGUCUUGCAUCUGGUGUGUUCACCAAAGAUUUAUCCAAAGCUAUGUUAGUCAGUGAAAAAAUCUGUGCCGGUACUUGUUUUGUAAAUUGUUAUAACAAAACUGAUGUGGCUGCACCAUUUGGUGGUUUUAAACAAUCUGGAUUCGGCAAAGAUCUUGGCCGUGAAGCAUUGAAUGAAUAUCUUAAGACAAAAACUGUUACUAUUGAAUAUUGAACUAUUAGAAUACAUUUUAAUUCAUAAACUUGUUUUUAAUAAUUGAAAAAACAAUCAAUCAAUCAAUUAAUUGCAAGCUGGAACAUUGUUCAGGUAAUUAUCGCAAAUGUAUUUGACCAAAUCUACAUUAACAUCUACAGUACGGCUUUCGACCGUAGUCCAUGGAACA